AUGAGUGUUAUUGGUGUGCAUCCACCGCAGUUUCUGAACCUGUCAAGUGAAAAUCUCGCAGAGGCUUUUCGCGAUUUCCGACAGUCAUGGGACAUUUUUGUGUUAGCUUCCGAGAUCGAAGCAAAGCCGGAUAACAUUAAGGUUGCGCUGCUGAAGAAUUUCUUGGGGUUGGAUGCCGUCAAGGUGUUGGACACGCUGCUCCCAGUGGCGGAUCAAGUGAAUCCCGGAGUGAUCCUAAACGCGUUGGGGGGAUACUGUUUGCCCCAGACUAACGAGACAUACGAACGUUUUGUCUUCAAUACGGCUGUGCAACGGGAAAGCGAAGAAGUGAUCGAGUUCGUCAGUCGGUUGAGAAAGUUGUCUGUGUCGUGCAAUUUUGGAAAUCUUAAGGACUCCAUGAUUCGUGACCGCAUAGUGGUCGGAAUCAGGUCUGACGAUACGCGGAAAGCAUUGCUGAAAACAGUGAACCUAACAUUGGCUGGUGCGAUUGAUAUUUGUCGGGCACAGAAGCUAGUUGACGAUCGUCUGACGGCGAUGAAAGUGAAGCAAGAGCCACGCGAACCGGAAGGGGAACCGGAAACUAUCGCGAAGUGCAAAGUGGAAAAAUCGAAGUACAGAGAGCGAGUGAAGUGCAAAUAUUGCGGGCGCGAUGACCAUAAGAUUGGUAACCGUGAAGAGUGCCCAGCAAAUGGAGUCACGUGUCGCAGCUGUGGGAAGCAAAAUCAUUAUGCGAGGGUUUGCCGCAUGAAGCCAGAGAAGAAAGAAGAAUCAAGAUCUGAAGAAUCACGCAAUCCGAAGAAAAGGCACACGAAGAAAGUAGACAACAUCGAAGAAAGUGAUAGUGAUUCGUCCGACUAUGUGGCCAAUGUGGAAGAGGUCAAUGUUGUAGAUAAGAAAAUCACUACCGAGAUCAGUUUUUCAGUGGGAAAGAGCGAUGAGGCAAAGAAGAUUCGGUGUCAAGUCGAUACUGGCGCGUCAUGCAAUGUAAUCACAUUGCAUGCACUGAAGUACAUUACCGGUGGUCAAACGGAGCUUGAACCUAGUGAUACGAAGUUGAAGGGAUUUGGUGGUCAAAUGGUUCCGGCGGUCGGUAAAUCCGUACUGCGGCACCGUGGGGAAUCGAAGCGGUUCAGAGUGGCUUUCCAAGUAGUUGACUUGCCCCCGAAAAUCUUGCCCAUGCCUCUUCUUGGCUACAAAACAUGCAUUGCGCUGGGAAUCGUGAGCAUAAAGAGUGUGAAAGUGUGCGAUGAAGAAGCGAAGCGGGAAAGUGAGAUAAAGGAAGAAGCAGACAAAGUCGUGGAGCGGUUCAGUGAUGUGUUUGUGGGGGACGGAAAACUGAAAGGAAAAGUAAACAUUGAACUGAAUGACGAGCUACCGAGAGUACAAGAGCCGAGAAGAGUACCGGUGCAGGUAAGAGGAAAGUUGAUCAGUGAACUGGAGAAUCUUGAGAAAAGAGGACUGAUAGAAAAAGUGAAUGAACCUACAGAGUGGACGAGUAAUAUCGUCAUAGUGAUGCGGAAGGACAAAAUUCGAAUUUGCCUGGAUCCUACGGAUUUGAAUCGUGCCAUCAGGUGUCCGAGGUAUCAGAUGGCAACCUUGGAGGAGAUACUUCCAGAUCUGAAGGAUGCCAAGGUGUUUUCGACACUAGACGUCCGAAACGGAUUUUGGCACGUAGAGUUGACCGACAGUAGCAGCAGAUUGACAGCUUUCUGGACACCCGAGGGUAGGUACGUCUGGAAGAGGCUGCCCUUCGGUCUGUCAUGUGCGCCAGAAAUUUUUCAGCUCAAAUUCCAAGAAGCACUACAUGGGCUGGAGGGUAUCGAGGUGCUCGUUGACGAUAUCCUCUGUGUUGGGCGAGGAAAAACACAGCAGGAAGCCACGGAAGAUCAUAACAAAAAUCUAGCCGCCCUGUUGCAACGUUGUCAAGAGAAAGGAAUAAAGCUGAACCGGAACAAGAUGAAGCUGAAUCAGACGGAGGUGCGGUUUUUUGGACAUAUAUUGUCAAAAGAAGGCCUGAAACCGGAUCCUCUGAAAACAUCGGCAAUACAAGAGAUGCCUGAGCCGAAGAACGUGGCCGAGCUACAUCGGUUCAUGGGACUGGCGACGUACAUGGCGAAGUUCAUCCCUCGUCUAUCGGAGGUAAGUGUGCCCCUGAGAAACUUAUUGAAAGGAGAUCGGUGGACUUGGGGAAAACCGGAGCAGGUAGCUUUCAACCUGUUGAAGGAGAAGAUUACCAACAUUUCGUCACUGAAGUAUUUCGACCCUGAACUGCAAACAACUAUACAAUGCGAUGCGAGCGGAUAUGCGUUGGGUGCGGUGUUGCUCCAAGAAGGCCGGCCGAUAAUGUUCGCGUCCAGAAUGUUGUCGGUUACAGAGCAGCGAUACGCGCAAAUCGAGAAGGAGACGCUGGCGAUCCUGUUUGCGUGUAAACGUUUUGACCAAUACAUAUUCGGAGGGAAGAAGGUGAUUGUGGAGUCGGACCAUCAGCCGUUACAAACCAUCUUUAAGAAACCAUUGGCCGCGGCACCCAAUCGAAUCAAGCAAAUGAUGCUGAGUCUGCAGAGAUACAGCUUGGAGAUCAGGUAUGUAAAGGGUUCCAAAAUGGUCUUGGCGGAUACACUAUCGAGAAAUAUUGACGUGAAGAAGGGAAGGGAAGAUGACGAAUGGAGUAAGCUGUGGUACGGGAUCGAAAGCGUGAACGCUUUGGACGAGGUGGAUAUGCAGGAUGCAGUGUUGGAUCAAAUCCGGCGAGAAACUCAACAGGAUGAAGUUCUGCAGAAUCUCAAGACUGUCAUUAUGAACGGUUGGCCCGAAGACAAAUCAACAAUGGCGGAUUGCAUCAAACCCUAUCACGGAUUUCGACAAGAACUGGUGAUCCAGGACGGGAUCAUCCUACGAAACGAUCGUGUAGUUGUCCCAACGGCUUACCGGAAGAAAGUGUCCGAGUUGUUACACUACAACCACCAAGGAGAGCAGGCGAUUCUGCGAAAGGCUCGCGGAAUAGUCUUUUGGCCGAACAUGAACUUUCGUUCAGUUCUCGUUCUUUAUCCCGGUUUGCACGCUGGUUCGUUUAGGGGUGUUCACAAUAGAAUGGUUGUUAUUCAUUACACACAUGAUGAAUUAUAG